CUUCACGUUCUCACGUUCACCACCCCCACAAUUUUCUCCCUCCAAAAACCUUCAUCUCUUCAGUCUUCCCCCUCCUUCACUCUCUAUAUAUACACCCAUCCCUUCCAACUCCAACUCACAAUUUCCAUUUGCAUUAUUCUGCAAGCAUACACAAAUUACAAUCACGUUCCAAUUAAGUUUCUGUAAGAAAAUGCCUUCUUCCUCCACUGCUCUGGCUCUCUUUUUCCUAACAUGCACCAUCGCCGCCGUCUCCGGUAUGCAAUUCCUAGUCGGAGAAAACGUCGGUUGGCGUGUCCCGGCCAAAGACAAAACAGACCUCUACGACGUCUGGGCUUCAAGAAAGCAUUUUCGCGUCGGCGAUACACUUCGGUUUCAAUACAAGAAUGAUUCGGUGGUUUGGACAACAAAAUUUGCGUUUUGGCACUGUGAUUCAAGGCAACCGAUCUCUGUCUUCAACGAUGGGAAUACGGUUAUUAAUCUUGAUAAAGUGGGUGAGUUUUACUUCAUUAGUGGGAAAGCAAAUCGUUGUAUUAAAGGGCAGAAGAUGAUGGUGAAAGUGGAGAGUCGUAACUACCCUUAUCCACCAUCAGUAGUCACUCCACCUGAUAGCCCUAAGUCGCCGGCGACGUCUCAGCUCGCAGGCUCCGGUAAUUCAUCAGAUUCCGGUCCAGAAGCUACGCUGGUUUCUGUCUCAGUGGUGUCUUUCAUUGUUGCUGUAGCAGGAUUAUGGCUUUGCAUGGAGCACCCAUAGUUCUAAUUAUGCUAAUUUAUAUGAUUCUGUUAUUCAUUUAGGUUUUGAUUUCUUUGUUUUGAUUAGUAUGUUUGAUUUGAGUUGUUUCUCUGAUUGAGUUUGUCUAACAACUUAGUUAUUUAGUUUGUAUCUAGAAUUUGUUUUUGAUUAUUGAUUAUGAAGAUUUUUUUCGAAG